AUGGCUGUUGGUCUCACACCUUCUCAACACUUGGCUGCCGUAAUCUCUUCUGCAUUUUACUCUCUGUGGAAUCUCCUCUCAGGAUUUCUUGUCCCAAAGCCAAGUAUUCCAGGAUGGUGGAUCUGGUUCUACUACAUCUGCCCUAUUGCAUGGACUCUGCGAGGUAUUAUCACUUCUCAGCUAGGUGAUGUGGAAACAAUAAUCGUAGGACCAGGGUUUGAAGGCACUGUGAAACAGUACUUGGAGGUUACUUUUGGCUAUGGUCCCAAUAUGAUCGGAGUGUCGAUAGCAGUACUUAUUGGCUUUAGUCUCUUCUUCUUUAUUAUCUUUGCAUUCUCCGUAAAACUCCUCAACUUCCAGAAACGAUGA